UUAAGGCCAAAAUGUCAGCCUUAUGCCAAGCGUCGCAUGUGGCGUGGAUUAGCCCCUCGGUGGCUAGGGCGUCGUCACCCGAAGCGGUACAAGACGUUGAAGUCGUGAGGCGCAAGCAAUCGUCUUUUUACAGCACUUACGACGACUAUAGAUCCUCUGCGAUUUACGUACGCGUACUUAGGCACCAAGCUUGAUAUAAAAUCAUCUUUGCCAUCUUCCCCCAACCCCUUUCCGACAAUCAUGUCCUCUCCUAAGAGAACCGAAUCCCCACCACCGACGAAGACCAGCUCCGGCGCCGAAUCCCCAACAACCGCACGACCACUGGAAAUGGACGACGACGAUGUUCAAGAAACGCCCGUGGCGAGCGGUGAGCAGACCACAGCUCCCGGCGGCCAGCCAGCCGCAGGCACAGAAACCGAACAGGCACCCGCGAAGCCCCCAAGGCCGCUCAGCGCGCAACAACAGGCGGAGAAUACCCUGAAGGAGGCGUUCCCUGGAGUCGAGGCUGCGGUUAUCAAGGCCGUCUUGAUUGCUAGCGGCGGCAAAAUCGAGCCUGCAUUCAACGCUCUCCUCGGCAUGACCGAUCCAGAGGCAGCUGCUGAGGCGGCUACUAUCGCUGAGCAAGCGGCACCUCCUCAGCCACCUAGGCCUGUUCGCGCUGGACCUGAGUUGACGCAGUUGGAGGCGGAUGAGCUCUACGCGCGGCAACUGGCUGAGCACUUCGAUUCAUCCCAGGACCGCAACCGCAACAGGGGAGGCCCCCAACGCGGACCGAACCAGCGCUCGGGUUCGUACCACGAGGAGGACGAGUACAGCUUCAUCGACGACGACCUCCCAGUGAUCAAGGAGAACCUACGCAAAGGCUUCAUCGAGACACAGAGCAAAGUGAACGGGUGGUUCACCAACCUCAAGAAGCGCAUCGACGGGGACGACCUCAGCGACAUCCACGCAGAGCAGCAGCGCCAGGAACAGGGCUACAACCAGGGCUACCAGAACCAGCAAUACAAUUAUCGUCGCUACGAUGCGGAUCCUCAGGUCCUCAGCGAUGACUUCACGGGCAUACAGUUGAACGAUGAUACUAGCAACGCGCGCCGCUCCACCCGCCCCUUAGCCAACCACGACCUCUUCAAGCCCACGCCCGCGACGCCGAGGUCGAAUGAUGGGAGUCGCAAGGUGUCGUUCCAGAACAGGCCGCCGGAGGAGAUCGAUGUGUAUGGGGGACCGCCGCGCGCGGCGAAGGAUGCGACGACGCCGGCUUCGGGGAAGCAGAGUAAGUGGCAGCCGCUGAGCUCUGUGGAUCCGAAUCCGGUUGGGGAGGGUGACAAUGACCCGUUUAGUUUGGGGGAUAGUGAGGAUGAGAAGGAGGAUGAGGAGGUUAAGGCUGCGGGGAAGGAGGGGAAGGGUGAGGCGAAGAAGGUUGGAGGUGCUGCGGAGGGAGGUGGGGCUGCGGUUAAGUCGGAUACUGCUGAGGGUGUGAAGGAUGAGAAGAAGGAUGGGGCAAAGGAUGCUUGA